AUGUUGAUGGCGGUCAGCCUCGCCAGCCCGGGUUGCGGCGACCUCUCCUAUGAGGGAACCUCUACGGAACAGCUACAGGCGGUCAACACGCACAUCGGUGAGUGGAGUGUGUGUUACGAGGCGUACGGCGGGAGGAUCACACAGCGCAUGAUCUGCGCCGGAGAAAAGAAGGGCGGCAAGGAAUCGUGCAAGGGCGACAGCGGCGGUCCGGUGGGAACGACACAGUAUGGAGUUGUCUCUUGGGGGACAGGAUGCGCAUAUCAGGGCUACGCUGGUGUCUACUCUAAUGUGCCUGCCGUGCGCUCCUGGAUAAACGAAACAAGCGGCGGGUAG